AUGAACCUCCUCUCCCUUCCCGCUCGCCAAAACGCAGCUCUUCCAGAAGACCCUGAAAUCUGGCCCAUCGUCAAAGACUUCAUCAAGGAGAAGCUUAAGAACCGAUCCAGCGCUUCCUCAAACAAGAGCUCUACCAACACAUUCUCUGAGAAUUCCUCAAUUCAUUCCACCGUUUCCAACGCAACGACUCUAAAGGAAUCUGUGGCUGGCAACAAGAAGAAGUGGUACUCAUUGAGUCCCAAGUCCAAGAUUAUCUUGACUUCAGACCACAAGUACAUCAAGGAUUCCGACAAAAAGGCUGCUGUCGAGGCCGUGCACAACCAGGCUGUUGCCAGCUACCUCACCAUGCGCUAA